AUGUCGGGGUCCACGGAACAGCAGCGCAUUCCUUUGCGCGAGCGGCGUCCUUCCACCGGUGCGCCCAUCAUCGACGUCCAGGGCAGUGUCGGUCCGGCCGGUAUCUCUCGCCCCAAGCACAAGAGAACCUUUACCGGCUUCGGCGCUGGCGAGAUCAAGAGCGUCGAGGCUUCGAUCCCAGAGCCCCAGCGUGAGGCAUGGUCUAAGGCCCAGGCCGGCCCCUUCAAAAGCAAGGAGGAGUUCGAGAAGGAGGUUGUCCGCCAUGUCGAGACCACCCUGGCUCGCAGCAUGUUCAACUGUGAUGAGACAGCUGCCUACUCCGCCGCUAGCUUGGCGUUCCGUGACCGUCUGGUCAAGGAGUGGAACAAGACUCAGCAGCGCCAGACCCUCGUAGACGGAAAGCGCAUCUACUACUUUUCGCUCGAGUUUCUCAUGGGCCGUGCCCUCGACAAUGCCAUGUUGAAUGUCGGUCUGAAGGACGUUGCCAAGGAUGGCCUUGACGAGCUCGGUUUCCGCAUCGAGGACGUUAUCGAACAGGAACACGAUGCUGCACUCGGUAAUGGCGGCCUGGGCCGAUUGGCUGCCUGUUUCCUCGACAGUCUGGCCUCCCUCAACUUCCCCGCCUGGGGCUACGGACUGAGAUACAGAUACGGUAUCUUCAAACAGGAGAUCAUCGAUGGCUACCAGGUCGAGGUUCCCGAUUACUGGCUUGACUUCAACCCUUGGGAGUUCCCCCGCCACGACGUUACUGUUGACAUCCAAUUCUUCGGUCACGUCCAGAAGUCAACCGACUCCAAUGGCAAGACCGUCGCUAGCUGGGAGGGCGGCGAGACGGUCACUGCCGUGGCAUACGACGUUCCAAUUCCGGGUUACGCGACGCCAUCCACCAACAACUUGCGUCUGUGGUCCAGCAAGGCUGCUAGCGGAGAGUUCGAUUUUCAAAAAUUCAAUAGCGGUGAUUACGAAAACUCGGUCGCCGACCAGCAGCGUGCCGAGACCAUCAGUGCUGUUCUAUACCCCAACGACAACCUUGAGCGUGGCAAGGAGCUUCGACUGAAGCAGCAAUACUUCUGGUGUGCUGCGUCUCUCUACGACAUCGUCCGCCGCUUCAAGAAGUCUAGACGUCCCUGGAGGGAGUUCCCCGACCAGGUCGCCAUCCAGCUGAACGACACCCACCCCACACUCGCCAUCGUCGAGUUGCAGCGUAUCCUGGUGGAUCUCGAGAAGUUGGAAUGGGAUGAGGCGUGGAACAUCGUCACUGCCACGUUCGGCUACACCAACCACACGGUUCUUCCCGAGGCUUUGGAGAAAUGGCCUGUUGGCCUAGUCCAGCAUCUGCUUCCCAGACACCUACAGAUUAUUUACGACAUCAAUCUGUUCUUUCUCCAGAGCGUCGAGAAGAUGUUUCCCAACGACCGUGACAUCCUCGGCAGAGUCUCCAUCAUCGAGGAGUCGCAGCCCAAGAUGGUGCGCAUGGCAUUCUUGGCCAUUGUUGGCUCCCACAAGGUCAACGGUGUAGCCGAGUUGCACUCCGAUCUCAUCAAGACCACAAUCUUCAAGGACUUUGUCAACAUCUACGGCCCUGACAAGUUCACCAACGUCACCAACGGCAUUACCCCGAGACGCUGGCUGCACCAAGCCAACCCCCGGUUGUCCGACCUGAUCGCAUCCAAGACCGGAGGAUACGAAUUUCUCAAGGACUUGACGCAGCUGAACAAGCUCGAGCUGAGUGUCAACGACAAGGGGUUCCGCAAGGAAUGGGCCGAGAUCAAGUACGCCAACAAAGUCCGCCUGGCCAAGUACAUCAAGACGACGACGGGCGUCAGCAUUAACCCCGCUGCACUCUUCGACGUUCAGGUCAAGCGUAUUCACGAGUACAAGCGUCAGCAGAUGAACAUCUUUGGCGUCAUCCAUCGCUACCUUACUCUCAAGGCCAUGUCCCCUGAGGACCGCAAGAAGGUAGCGCCGCGCGUUUCCAUAUUCGGCGGAAAGGCUGCUCCUGGCUACUGGAUGGCCAAGCAAAUUAUUCAUCUGGUCAACAACGUCGGUUCCGUCGUCAAUAAGGAUGAGGACAUUGGCGACCUGCUCAAGGUCAUCUUCCUCGAGGACUACAACGUCAGCAAGGCCGAGAUGAUCAUCCCUGCUUCGGACCUUAGCGAGCACAUUUCCACUGCCGGUACUGAGGCCUCGGGUACCAGCAACAUGAAGUUUGUGCUCAACGGCGGCCUAAUUAUUGGCACGUGCGACGGCGCCAAUAUUGAGAUCACGCGCGAGAUUGGCGAGAACAACAUCUUCCUCUUUGGCAACCUUGCCGAGGAUGUCGAGGAUCUCCGCCAUGCCCACACCUACGGAUCUCACUCCGUCGACGAAAACCUUACCAAAGUCUUCUCUGCAAUUGAGAACGGAACAUUCGGCUCCGUGUCCGACUUCCAAGCGCUCAUCUCGGCGGUGCGUGAUCACGGCGACUACUACCUUGUUUCGGACGACUUCAACAGCUACAUUGAGACGCACAACCUCGUCGAUGAAGCGUACAAGAACCAGGAGGAGUGGAUCACCAAGUCCAUUACCAGCGUUGCUCGUAUGGGCUUCUUCAGCAGUGACCGCUGCAUCAACGAGUAUGCCGAGGAGAUCUGGAAUGUUGAACCGCUCAAGGUCGAAGACUAG